CGAAGAGCUCGACAUGUCAUUCAGAGGAAUCCGCCACCUGAAACGCGAGGAAGUGAAGGCGACUCAAUUCGGUAUAAAGCAUCAACCACAUCUGCCUCGAGCUUUGAAAACAUCAGUUCAGAGCUCUGGUAGACGUUUGCUGUAUUUUCUCGAGGAAUUAUUAUUGUUCACGUAGGAAGUGCCGUCUGUAAUAUACCCAUUCAAUUUGAAUGACCUAUCUAACAUUAUACUGGAAUUAAGUAAUAUUGACAGACCUUCUUGCGCACCUGUUACCUUAACGGAGCGCAAGACGAUGAUACCACCGGGAGACUGCAUGUAUGCGGGCAGGAAAAGAAGGAAGCCCGUUCAAAAACAGAAACCGGCCACGGUGAGUGAGAAGUCCAACCCGUCAAAGAGGCACCGGGACCGCCUGAAUGCGGAGCUGGACCGGCUGGCCAGCAUGCUGCCCUUUUCCCCAGACAUCAUCUCCAAGCUGGAUAAACUGUCUGUGCUGCGUCUCAGUGUCAGCUACCUCCGGGUCAAGAGCUUCUUCACAGUGACUCAUGAGAAGCCGUCCAACAGAAAACAUAUCAGUCCAUCCACCAACCCCCUCCCCGAGCCCAGAAAAGACAGCCUGCCUAUGGCUAUGGGCAACAGCGUAACAGAGAGUGGGCUCCUUCUGGAGUCCCUGACUGGCUUUGCGCUGGUGGUGAGCAGCGAUGGAAUGGUCUUCUAUGCCUCCUCCACCAUCGUCGACUACUUGGGCUUCCAUCAGACGGACGUGAUGCACCAGAACGUCUUUGACUAUAUCCAUGUAGAUGACCGGCAGGAGUUCAGAAGACAACUCCACUGGGCCAUGAGCCCCAGCCAGCACGGCUCAUCCCAGGACCACCAUUCAGCCACAGAAACUGGAGAAGACUUUGUGGUGAGCAGCCUGUUCCAUUCUCAGGAGGCGGGGGGAGUUGCUCCUGAGUUCUCUUCCUUCCUCAACCGCUGUUUCAUCUCCCGUGUACGCUGCCUGCUGGACAGCACCUCUGGCUUUUUGACCAUGCAGUUCCAGGGGCGGCUGAAGUUCCUCCAGGGACAGAAGAAGAAGUCGGGUUCGGGGGCCCUGCUACCCCCGCAGCUGGCCCUGUUCUGUGUGGCUGUGCCUCUUCUGCUGCCCUCCAUCACAGAGAUGAAGAUGAAGGGCAUGAUGAUGAGGGGCAAGCAGAAGAGCGGAGGGGGCAUUAUCCCUGCACUAGAUCAUGGUGAGAGAGAGGAGCACUUCAGGAGGCACUCUGGCAGUGUGGCGAUGGUGGAUGGCGGGGACCCGCUGCUCCUCAACUGCACCAGCCCCGGGGGGUCCCAGCAGCGCCUCAAGUACAAGUCGGAGGGGGGCUACUACGGCCAGGACGAGCCCCUCAACUACUGCAAGACCUCUAUGGGCGGCGUCCCCCACCACAAAGGCCCAGGCUCGGACUCCCCGUGGCCCAUGCGGCCUGCCUCAGGGACCGUCCGGGCUGGGCAGAGUGGCGGCUACAUCCCCUCAAAUCGACUUGGGAAGGCGGGCCACUACGGUAAGCCCUACCGCAUGUCCCCCAGCAUGUGUCAUGGAGGAGGGCGAGGUGGUGAGGUCUACGUGCCCAAGAUGUACGGGAGCCUCCAGACCCCCGACGGCUCGGACCCCUACUGCUUGGGAGAGGCGGUGAAGAGCGAGAAUGGCUACGGCGAAUGCUACGAUGGCCGCCUGCUGCCUGAGAUGCCCAUCAAGGUGGAGCAGGACUCUGACUCUGAGAACGGCUGUGACGCCUAUGGCCGUCCGUGGACGUGCCGGGAGCCCGUGGACCGUCGCUACGGCAACGGCUACGGCGACAACAACAGCCUUCAAAUGAAGUCGGAGGCGGACUACUACGAGCAGUACUCGCCGUGCCAGCGGGGCAAGGCGGGUAUCAGUCCCAUCAGCCCACCCUACAACAACGGCCACUUCCAGAACUAUAAUAAUGUGGGGGGCGGCAGGCCCUUGAAGAGUGUGAUUAACAAGGACCUGUCCCAGUUCAGUCCCCAGAGGCUGUCCCACUCAGACCCCCUCUGUAGCAGCCAGAGCAUCAACUGCAUGGACGUAUAUGCAAGCGGCCCUGUGGAGCACAACAAGGGCUACAUGCAGCAGGACUACAAGCAGGGCUACGAGUUCAAAGGUCAUGGACUGCUCCAUGCCAUAAAGCGGGAACCCAUGGACUCACCCCCGUGGUCGGACGGCAGCAGCAACGACAUGAGUCACGCCAUGGGGCACUCUCAGAGGAACGUUAUGCCACACUGUGUGAUGAACGCUGGGCAGCACAAAGCCAACCCCUAUGUUUAUAUGCAAUAGACAUACAUCCAUCCCUCACUUCCUCAUUCACCAGCAUAAUACAUUGGCAGAAGACAUUCAGGAUAUGGCUCAGGUUUAAAGACUAAGUGUUGAUACAAUCAAAGAAAGGUAUGGGGGGGAUCCUGCCCCUGGAUUUUGUUUUGAUGAAUGGAAGAAAUUGUAGUUAUUAUCCGAAGCACUUUUGAUGUAGUGAUGCAAAUUUUCUAGUCACAUUUUUGUUUGUGUUUUGUGUUGUCUCCACCUGACUUCUCUGGUAGGCUGUUUAAAAAUGUGAUGGUAAACUGUAUAAAAUGUACACAUUCGUGAUGGGUGAUACAGGAUUAUGUUACAGUGAGUGUGUGUAAAUAUUUGUCCUCAAGAAAUUAUUUCCUGUCUAGAAGGUUUACCCAAAGAGGGUUGUGCAUGCUCUUUUUAGUCAGGUUUUGUAAAUCAAUUGAAGGAUCAUUUGAAUAUGGUACGCAUCAGUCUGAAUACACUAUAUAUACACAAAAGUAUGUGGACACCCCUUCGAAUUUGUGGAUUCUGCUAUUUCAGCCACACCCGUUGCUGACAGGUGUAUAAAAUUGAGCACACAGCCAUGCAAUCUCCAUAGACAAACUUUGGCAGAAGAAUGGCCGUACUGAAGGGCUCCGUGACUUUCAAUGUUGCACCGUCAUAGGGUGCCACCUUUCUAACAAGUCAGUUCGUCCAAUUUCUGCCCUGCUAGAGAAACUUCAUAACAACAUCACUUACAGUUGAUCAGAGCAGCUCUAGCAGGGCAGAAAUUUGACGAGGAAGAGAAGUAGGGAGAUAAUGGUCAUUAUAUUAGAUCUCAAAUCAAACCAUUUUUGCAGCCCCAACUGUUUUAGGUCAGAGUUGUAAUGACAUCUGAUUACUUCUACAGAUGAUCCCUCCUGUUCAUUACAGUACAAAGAAUUGUGUUUAUUUUAUUUAUGUUCAUUCAACCUUUAUUUUGACAGGGAGUCUAGCGAAAUGUUAAGCCACACAAGCUCACAGACCGGGACCACCAGGUGCUGAAGUGGGUAGAGCGUAAAAAUCGUCUGUCCUCGGUUGCAACACUCACUACCGAGUUCCAAACUGCCUCUGGAAGCAACGUCAGCACAAGAACUGUUCAUGGCCGAGCAGCUGCACACAAGCCUAGGAUCACCAUGUGCAAUGCCAAGUGUUAGCUGGAGUGGUGUAAAGCUCGCCGCCAUUGGACUCUGGAGCAGUGGAAAUGCCUUAUCUGGAGUUUUGAAUCACGCUUUACCAUGUAGCAGUCCGGAGGACGAAUCUGUGUUUGGCAGAUGCCAGGAUAACGCUACCUGCCCCAAUGCAUAGUUCCAACUGUAAUGUUUGGUGGAGGAGGAAGAAUGGUCUGUGGCUGUUUUUCAUGGUUUGGGC